AUGUGGGUCCUGUUUACCAUUGCCUUUUGUUCAAUCAAUCCCUCAUCGGAUCAUCAAUCGGACUAUCAAUAUAAUGGCUCACCGCCCCCAUACUGGGCGUUCAUGAUACUCUCACCAGCUUCUUUCAACCACUCUCAAGGCGACACGACACUGCACCAGGCUGAAACCAAAGGACGGGAAGGAUUGGAACUAAUCGACUCACUUCAACCGAAGGCAACUCAGGCCCCACAAGUUCAAUAUUCAAGCUUCAGCCACUCGAGACUCACCAGUCAAAGUCUGAAGUUGGAAGUUGGCCUUGCCGGCAAAAUCUCGAACAUCCUCCCAUUGAGACAGCCCAUUCCCAAAGCUUAG